GUUCUGCCAACUGAACGACAAAAAAGAUACCCCAAGUCACCUGUUUGUUUCCAUCACCAUCAACAUCACCAAGGCAGCCUAACGGAAUCCCACACGGCGCGCCGAUAACAACCACCAACUACCUAUUCAUCAACCUAAACCAAACCAUUCAAUCAACCCGCCGCGCCCAUCAGAACCAAAAAAACACCAUCAAAAUGUCCGACGCAACAACCACCACCACCACCACCAAACUCCCCGUCACAGUCGACAAACCCACCCCCUACACCUUCGACCUCGGCCUCCUCCUCGCCAACGACCCCAACCCCCUCCUUCUCGACCGCUCCUCCGCACUCGAACCCCAACUCGCCUCCAUCGCCCGCGACGGCUGCCAAUCCCUCAUCAACCAACUCCUCACGGCCUGCCCCAUCAGUUCCACCCCGGCGGGUGUCUUACUGUCCCUCCCGCCUCCUCAAACCCCUCUCCCGCGCGAGAAACCCGUGCCGACGCCCAAGGCCGAGACGAAAUGGAGCCAGUUCGCCAAGCGCCGCGGCAUCAAGCCCAAGACGCGCGAGCAGCGCCGUAACCUGCAGUAUGACGAGACGACGGGCGAGUUCGGCCGCAAGUGGGGAUACAAGGGCGCCAACAAGGCGGGCGAGGAUGCGCCGAUUAUUGAGGUCAAGAAGAGCCAGGAGGAGAAGCGGAUGGCGGAGGGGAAGAGUGUGAGGGGGGAUAAGAGACGGGAGAUUAGAGAGCGGGUGAAGAGGAAUGAGCGGAAGAUGAGGGCGAAUGAGCGGAGGGAGAGUGGGAGGAAGAAGUGAGCGCCCUGUUUUAUGGGGUGCUUGAGCAGUAGGGGUACUGGAUUUCAAGAGAUGGAGAUGAAGAGGAAGGCGUGUGGAUGGAAACAUGCAAAGAAGGGAGGGAGGCCAUCAAGAUGAGUAACUGAAAGUGAAGUGAAGUGAGUUGAUGUUGACCCGUGUAUCAGCAUCAGCAUCAACAUCAGCAUCAGCAUCAGCAUCAGCAGGCCUCCCUUCCCUCAGCAGAGGCUAUACAAGAAGGCAAGACACAAGACAGAAGACAAGAGGUCUCGUUGUUCCUUUACCUUAUCUACUAGGCAUUUUGGGCCUGGGCAUUUCGGGCGUUCAAGGUCGUUUAUAUACUUAGUUACUGUACUACUGGGAGGUUUCUAUUACAUUACAAAGACAAAGUUAUCAGAUUCAAGUCGCCUUUUUUCUUUUUACCACAGACUACAACGAGAUCACCCGAACUGGCGUUAAUGGCUGUAUCC